CAGGUCACGUUUGUGAGCGAGGAGACGGGCAUGUCCAAGACUGCCGAGAUCGGGCCCAAUGAGUACCUGCUGGACGGUGCGGACGAGCACCGCAUCGAGGUCAACGCCUCGUGCCGCGGCGGCGUGUGCGGCACCUGUGUCAGCAAGCUGAGGAGCGGGCAGGUGGACCUGGAGUGGCUGGAUGUGCUGGACGAGGGCUCGGUGCUGUCCCAGGAGCAGGACGGCUACAUCCUGCCCUGCUCCGCCAAGCCUCUCAGCGACUGCGUGGUG